AUGACGACUAAUCACCCUGACAAACUUGACGCUGCUUUGACUCGCCCUAGUCGUGUGGAUAAAAUGUUUAACUUUGGUGUGUCAUACAUUACGACUCGCAAAUUGGAAAAUCAGCUAGCUGGAGCCAUGAAAACCCAGAAGAUCCUGGACCUGUCCAUUGAUUUUGCUGAAUUGGUUCCAGCUGAGCAAUUCACAGCAGCUGAAAUCCAGAGCUACCUCCUAGGUUUCAAGGAUGAACCGGAAGUGGCUGUUAAAAGGGGCGGCCGAAUGGGUAAAAGAUACGAUGGGGGUGAAAUCGUGCAGUAG